UUUGUUGGUGAAGAAGGGUCGGACUUUGGCGGGGUGAGACGCGAAUGGUAUCAUCUGAUCACGUUGGAGUUGGUUAAGCCGGAGUAUGGAUUGUUUGAAUUCAGCGAUGAAUCUUACCUCUAUCAGCUCGCAAGCCACAUCGACUCCAAGCUCCUCGACUUCUUCUCUUUCGCCGGGAAGAUUCUCGCCAAGUGCAUCGUCGACCAGCAGAUUUGCAGCGUUCAGUUCACGACGGCUGUCUACAAGAAACUUCUGCUGCUCCCGUUCACGGUGGAAGACUUGGAGUCAGUUGAUCGAGAGUUGUAUCACUCCCUCGAGUGGGUCCUGGAGUGCAAUGCAGAUGAAGAGGAUCUUGCCAUGUAUAUGUGUGUGGAUACAACGGAUGUGGAUGGCAACUAUAUCACGAUCGAUCUCGUGGAGGGAGGCCGAGACAUCCCGGUGACGGAGGCCAACAAGCAUCAGUUCGUGCAGAAGAUGAUCAACUGGCGCCUCGUCGACCGCGUUGCCGUCCAGACCGACGCCUUCGUCGCCGGCUUCCACUCCGUCCUGCCCCUCGAGUACCUCCAGCCCUUCUCGGCCGGCGACCUUGAGCUCCUCCUGUGCGGCUCGACUGAGAUCGACAUCGAGGACUGGAAGGUGAACACGCUCUACAAGUCAGGCUACAGCAGCGAAUCCGACAUCGUCGGCUGGUUCUGGGAGCUCGUGAGGAAGAUGGACAACGUGGAGCGGAUGCGCCUCCUCCAGUUCGUGACCGGCACCACCGCCAUCCCCAGCAGAGGCUUCGCGCAUCUCCAGGGGUCAGACGGGGAGAGGAGGUUCAGCAUCAUGAGGGUUGUGGAUACGAGGAGGCUGCCGCAGGCGCACACUUGCUUCAACGAGCUUGUGCUGCCUGAGUACGCCACCCAGGAUGAGUUCGAGGCGAAGCUGCUUAAGGCGAUGGAGCAUGUCAACGAUGGGAUUCUCCUGCGUUGA